AUUUGUCUUUACAUUGGGCUCCCAUUUUUGUUCAGAGUUCAGAGUCCUACUUCCGAAUAUACACUAAAAACAUAAUACAAAAUUUCCGUUGCUUAAAACUUUAUUCGAAUCUUUAAAUUUUCAGUGUGCAAAAACAUUCGAAAACAAUGGCACUAGACCAGCAACGGGUUGAGGGAGUGGCAAGGGCCGAACCGGAGACGCCUCUGUCAGAGAAAGAGAAGAAAGAGCAACGGGCCCGACUGAUCAAGGCCCUGGGACGAUUCAGGCCAAGCGAUGCGAGUCCCCUGCAGUUUUACAAUUGUGUCCGGGAGAUGUGCAUCAUGCACAAUUGCAGCAUUGACGAGGGCCUCGAACGGGCGGCCAUCGGUUGGCCCAAACUUAGCGUUAGACAGCGGCAGCUUUACAAUUCGCAACGCCAUGCGGAGCUGCCCAUUCCAGUGCCGCGUCACCUCAUCUACAGUGCCUUCGAAAAGGAACGAAACGGUCUUUGGACCUUGGGCCGCUCCUCGGCGAGCAACACCGGACAGAUAAUGUACACAGUGGAGGCAUACAAGCCACCGCGGAAACUAUCCAGGAUGAGGUCCCAACUGAACGCCAAGAAACCCAUUUACGACAAUUUGCGGAGUCUAUCGCCAAAGAGUGCCGCCACCCAAAGUCCUUCGUCAAAGAAGCCUGUGUGGUUGUCGCCAGCCUCUGGUCGCAGGAUCCGGUCUCUGACGCCGACGCCACUGCGAAAACUUCCGAUAAAAGGAUCAAAGGGAUCCGUAAGUCGCAGCCCGGAGAAUAAACAGAGAAAACGCAGACCAGGGAAGAAAAGGAAUCGAAAAAGUGGAACGGUGAGCCCCAAAAGCUGGUCUGGUUCAACAUCCACAUCCAGGUCCGGCUCCGGAUAUGAAACACGUUUCGGGUCGUCUGGUAGUGGCAGUAUUGGCACCACAGCUGAAAAACUCUCAAGCAAACAGAAGAAAAAGGUCAAAUCAAAGAAGAUUGCUAAAAAAUCGAUCAAGUCAGGUCCGAAAACCAAUUGGGAACGAGCCAUUUGUACCGUUCAACAGUAUCUGAUGGAGCAAACCCAUAGACCUCAUUGGGACAAAAUGUUAAUUUCACGUCGAGUGGAUGCUCCCCUAUGAUAAUCUUCAAAAUAUUCCU